AUGGGACCGCCAGAAUCGCCAUAUCAGGGCGGAGUGUUCUUCUUGACAAUCCACUUUCCAACAGACUAUCCGUUUAAGCCGCCAAAAGUGGCGUUUACGACUCGUAUAUAUCAUCCAAAUAUCAACAGCAAUGGAAGCAUUUGCUUGGACAUUCUGAGAUCUCAAUGGUCUCCAGCUUUGACUAUCUCAAAAGUUUUGCUGUCAAUUUGCUCAUUGCUCUGUGAUCCAAAUCCGGACGAUCCGUUGGUGCCCGAGAUUGCGCGCAUAUAUAAGACUGAUCGAGAGAGAUACAAUACGCUGGCUCGUGAAUGGACGCAGAAAUACGCCAUGUGA